AUGUCUAAACGAGUUCUCGUGAUUCUCACCAGUGCCGAUCGGUAUUAUAAGCCGAGAAUCAAGAGGGAGACAGGAUGGUACUCGGUCGAGCUCAGCCAUCCGUGGAACAAGAUGGAGGGGCGAGUUGAGCUGGAGGUCGCAUCGCCAAAGGGCGGCGUCGCCCCGCUAGACCCCUACUCCCUGGGCAGCGCCUACGACGCCGAGUCCCAGCACUUCCUCAAGAACAAGCGGUCGAUCUGGGAGAACACGCAGCCGAUCCGAAACUACCUCGGCCGCGCCAAGGAGUUCGCCGCCGUCUUCUACGCCGGCGGGCAGGGCCCCAUGAUGGACCUGGUUGGCGACGGCGACUCGAUCAAGCUCAUCAACGAGUUUUACGCGGCGGGCAAUAUCGUCGCCGCCGUCUGCCACGGGCCCAUCGCGUUUGUGCACGCAGAGACCCCCGAGGGCCGCCCGCUGGUCGAGGGUCGUCGCGUCACCGGCUACACGAACGCGGAGGAGACCCGAGACGCGACAGACAAGUACCUGUCGUUCCUGCUCGAGACGGAGUUCGUCGCUCUGGGCGCCAAGUUCAUUGCUGCCCGGCCGUCAUCCACCAACGUCGUGGUUGACGGGCAGCUGAUUACGGGUCAGAACCCCGAGUCGGCUGGGGCUGUCGGCGAGGCCAUCUGCGAGGCCCUCGGCGUAUAA